GACGCAACAAUGAGAUCAGCUGAUUCGAUUGUCAAAUUGUUAAUUGUUGUCACUUUGAUUUCCUCCAGUGAAUUAGAUUAUGAUUUCUUCUGUUGAAGAUAACGAAAGAAUUAAAAUCUAUCAUCAUGAUAAUCAAUUUCUUAUCUGGAAAGCGAAAGAUGCCUUAAAUAUAAGACAAAAGUAUCGGAUUGUUGGCUCUCUCAUUGGACCUUAUCCUAAUGAGCCCUCUCAGGUUAAUAGAAAUGGUUUACCUCUUAGAUUGUUGGAAGAGGAGACUCGUUUACUUAUAGAUCUUAAUGUUGCUGAUUUGAUUAAAAUGGAGGUUCAAUUGACUGAAGAGAUUGUUAAAGAAUAUAAUCAACACGUUGAAUUUACUCGAUCGGAUUAUAGUAAAUUAGCAACCGAGAGAAGAUUAAAAGAGAUAGAAAGUCACCUUUCAUCUGGAAGUUCACCAAAAGGACAAAAGCGAAAGAGAAACAUUGAAAGUAAAGAAAGUGAUGAAGGAUUAUUAGAGAAAGAGACAAUUGUUGUCAACCAAUUUGAUGAUAGUAAGGAAGAUCGAAAAAGUUUGAUACAAACAAUCAAUGAUCAUUUAUUGCCUGUACAAUUAUUUACAGAGUGUCCAUGGCCUCGAAAAGAAGAGGUAAUUAAUGGUAAUUGGUUGUAUCCUGAAAAAGAGCGGGAUAAAUUGUUGUACAACAUAUUUAAAGACCUUUGGAAACGAGGAUAUUAUAUAACCAGUGGGUUUAAGUAUGGGUGUGAUUAUCUUGCUUAUGAAUAUGAUCCUUUGGUAUUUCAUUCAAAAUAUAUGGUCACUUGUCAAUCACAAUUAGAUCACUUGGAGGGUUUACAGUUUUUGAUUCUUAAUCGAGUUAGUUCACAAGUUAACAAGAAACUUUUAAUUGCUGGACUUGUGAAUGAUGAUAAAAAUGUUACCACUGGUAAUCAGGAUUCUAUUGAUGAAACUAAUUGUAAACCAAUCUAUUUGUUGAUCGACUGGCAAGGUAAUCAGGAUUCACCAUCCAAGCGUUUCCAUUUAAGACCAGAUUUACCAAUUUAAGUAGUUGAUUUAAAUUUGAGUUUUUUGUUUGUUUAGAUUGACUGAAUUUUGUUCAUCUUCUUCGGGUCUUUGGAAAUUUUUUCUUGUCAAAGACUGAGUAAAAAGUAUUGUUUUUCUUGUAAAGAAAAAAAAAUAAUAAUAAUUUGGAGUAAAAUUGUUUGCAUGCAGAUUCGCACUUGUCAUGCAAUUAAAUA